GAUUUUCAGCGGAGUGCUAUCAGUCGAAUUGUGAGCCGUUGUUUGCUCAGACCAGUUUCAGCUGUCGAACCGGUUGCAUUUCCGUGGCCAUUUGUCCGCGAAAACGGAAAGUGAACUACUUUGCUGUUAGAAAGUGUUGUUUGUCUGUUACCGAGAGAAUAAUAGUGUUUGGAAGGACUUGAGCGAGGAAGACUUGAGAGUGUUAUCAAACGGGGUUAGCACACAUAUGUAAACGCACAAGUGCGCGUCCGGAUGCUGUGAAGUGGAUAGGCCAACUGCUCUCGUCUUCAAUCAAUUGAAUUAAUUUUCCUAAUUGAGUUUUGCCACCCGCAUUUGGCACCUCUCGAGAAACGAGCAGCAACAUAUGAGCGUAGAAGAAGAGAAGACAUCUUAUACCCGGGAAAGUGUCUGGAAUGGGUUGCGUGCGGGUACAAUUGAUGUGAUUAGCAUGCAAGGCGGUUUCUAGAUAAGGAAACUUUUAAUUUACGUAUUUUCACCGAGCGGUUUUGUGUUCUGGGAGGUGUUUAUUGAGUGAAUUAACGGGACGUUGCGAGUGAUUGCAGAAAGAGAACGACCGUCGCUACUGCUGCUGAAGUUGCUCGAGAGGCACUUGAUCAACGCCAUACCCGGGUCCCGACAGUGCAACAUGGUUUAUUUUAGUCCACGUGGUAUGCAACCGCCGUGUAGCCCACCAGGAUUACCGAUCACUUCCAAGAGUCCCACCAUGGAAUCAGCCAACAGUAAUACCAGCAUCGAGCCGGAGGUAGACCAGAAGCCGAUAAAAAUUCAAAGAACGAACGGAGGGGCGCUAAAAUUUUCGAUCGCCAACAUUAUGGGAAGAGAUGGUGACGAGGAAGAAGAACCGGAGCUCCGACGGAAGGAGCAUUUGGAAGUGAUUCCGCCGCCUCCAUCCUCCAGUCCGCCGUCGGCUUCAUCUAGUCCGAACUAUGAGCACAGUUCAUCGAUGACAGCGUACGAUUCCGCUUUCAAAAAGUACGUACCAAGUUCGAUGCAUCAGUUUGUAGCGAAUCGCCACCAGGAUCUGCUCAGCCAGUAUCCUCUGCUGUACUAUCCGGGUCAGCUGAUGUGCGCUGCGGCAGCUGCCCAGUACGCUGCAUUGACGCAACACCCAGUAACCCUACUAAAUGGAUCGCCACUAGCCACAUCCAGCGCUGGCAGUAAUCCAAAUCCUCUGCAUCCUUACGUUCCUGCCGCGAAUGCCCUGCGGAACUUAGAUGCAUCUGCCAUGUCGCCACCUCAACAUUCGCUGACCCAUCACAAAAAAAUAAAUCUCAACGCGUCCACAUCCUCCUCGUCGUCCUCUAGUGAUCUCAACAGUUCAGUGAAUUCAGCAAACUCCGCAAACCUAAGUUCAGCGGCUGCUCUGGCGAAGCAGAAAACAUUCGCCUGUCCGGAAUGCGGUAAGGUUUUCAAUGCGCACUACAAUCUUACCCGACACAUGCCCGUCCACACCGGAGCAAGACCAUUCAUCUGCAAAAUCUGCGGCAAAGGGUUCCGCCAGGCCUCGACGCUGUGCCGGCACAAAAUAAUACACACUUCAGAGAAACCCCACAAAUGUCAGACCUGUGGGAAGGCUUUCAACAGAUCGUCCACAUUGAACACCCACACCCGUAUUCACGCCGGCUACAAGCCGUACAUCUGCGAGUACUGUGGCAAAGGCUUCCACCAGAAGGGAAACUACAAAAACCACAAGCUGACCCACAGCGGUGAUAAAGCCUACAAGUGCACUAUCUGUAACAAAGCUUUCCACCAGAUCUACAACCUGACUUUUCACAUGCACACCCACAACGAUAAGAAACCGUUCACAUGUAAAAUCUGCGCCAAAGGAUUCUGCCGUAACUUCGACCUCAAAAAGCACAUGCGAAAGCUACACGAUGUCAGUCUCAGUGCGAGCCUCAAACGGCAGCACCAGCAACAACAACAGCAACAGCAACAGCAGCAAGCAUCUCAACAACCAACGGAAGUAAAUCACCACGGGGCUUCGGCCUGGGUAACGGGAGGACCAUCAUCCGCCUCAGCCUCACUGGCAGCCCUGUCAUCGUCUCCUCUGACCACCCUAACUAACCUGCACCAUUCGGCCGUCGCAGCUGCCGCUCUUCGGGCAGGGGACUACAGCAGUCCCUUCCUGAUGCCAAACGCCCGUGGUGGAAACCGGCUGGAUGCUCCUUUUAUAGGUAAAGUUUUUUGACAAAAAUACUACCAGCAUACCUUCAACCAUCAUCCAUCACAACAUCCCACCAAUAAUGCAGCUUCCGCUGCUGCCCUUGGAGGAUCGCUGCUUCUUCAACAGCACCAGCAACAGCAGCAACAACAACAACAGUUGACCAGUCUGACCAAGAGCAUACUGAUCAACUGAACCACCAGGGGGGCCAUCAGUGAUUCUCUCGAUAUUUCCUGAACGAGGGGAAAAACAUCGAGACGAAAAUGGCUGCUCGAGGAGACGACACAGAGACAGAACCAGUGCAAUAUGAGGCUACUUGCGAUACCGCAAAUUAAGGUAGGAAGUUAAAUCGGUGUAGUGAACUUUUCCGUUCCCAGUUGGGCCAGUGAUUUAUGCAAGUGAUCAACGAGAUUUGCAUUGAGGCUAGGCUUAUAAUGUUAGUCCUAAGUUAUGUACAUAGUUAGGCAUAGAAGGAAUGCGUAGAGCUAAAUUGUGUGGAGGAAAAAAAACCUGAUUAGUGUUUGUAACGUCGAUCGAAUAGUUCUAGAUGUUGCUACCUAAUAUGGAAAACGAUUCAAGGUUUCCUGCAAAAGCGUGCAGGCAACUAAGAAAAAUGUGAGAACUUUAUUGACCGGUAGACUUUAGACGAAAGCACACGAAUUUAUGUGUAAAAUAUUGCAAAUAUAUUGAAUUGUACGUAUGAAUUGUUUUAGGCCUAUAAUGAAAUAAAUGAAUUUAAAUCAAAAAAA